CGGAAGUAUUAGGAAGCGCAGACAGUUGUUUCCCAUUGUCAACAAUACUAAAUGUCUGGGGGUUAACUGAUAAAAUAAGUCGUUUAUUACUAAAUAAACAACUGUUGAACGAUCGGAUCGCUUUAUCUACUCCCACUAAACAUUUAUAAAAAAACGACAAAAUGAACGUAACUCUGGCUGUCAAGCAGUAUGUAUCUAAAAUGAUAGAGAGCAGCGGACCCGGUAUGAAAGUCCUGCUUAUGGAUAAAGAGACGACCAGUAUAGUUAGUAUGGUCUACACACAGUCUGAGAUCAUACAGAAGGAGGUUUACCUUUUUGAGCGCAUUGAUUCACAAAAUCGAGACAACAUGAAGCACCUGAAGGCUAUCUGCUUUCUGCGGCCCACCAAGGAGAACGUACAGAACCUGAUUCAAGAGCUUCGUCGACCCAAGUAUAGUGUCUAUUUCAUCUAUUUCAGUAAUGUGAUUAGUAAGAGUGAAAUUAAAGCGUUGGCUGAGGCGGAUGAGCAGGAAGUUGUUGCAGAAGUGCAGGAGUUUUAUGGGGAUUUUAUUGCUGUGAACCCUCACCUUUUCUCCCUCAACCUUCAAGGAGUAUCCAGGGGUCGCAGUUGGGAACCGAGCAUCUUGCCUCGUGUCACUCAAGGUUUGACAUCGGUGUUGUUGUCACUGAAGAAAUGCCCUAUGAUCCGCUACCAGCUCUCUUCUGACAUGUCCAAAAGGCUGGCAGAGAGUGUCAAACAAAUCAUUACCAAGGAGUAUGAACUGUUUGACUUCAGAAAAACAGAAGUGCCUCCUCUUCUUCUGAUUUUAGAUAGAAGUGAUGACGCCAUAACUCCUCUUCUCAACCAGUGGACAUAUCAGGCUAUGGUUCAUGAGCUGCUGGGAAUAAAUAACAACCGUAUAGACCUGUCAAGAGUGCCUGGCAUCAGUAAGGACCUGCGGGAGGUUGUCCUGACUGCAGAGAAUGAUGAGUUUUAUGCUAAUAACUUGUACUUAAAUUUCGGUGAGAUCGGGACAAACAUUAAGAACCUAAUGGAGGAUUUCCAGAAGAAAAAGCCCAAGGGCCAACAGAAAUUAGAGUCCAUAUCUGACAUGAAGGCAUUUGUGGAUAACUACCCCCAGUUUAAAAAAAUGUCGGGCACUGUGUCAAAGCACGUGACUGUAGUUGGUGAGCUGUCCCGCCUCGUGAGUGAUAGACAACUGAUGGAGGUAUCAGAGGUGGAACAGGAGUUGGCCUGCCAGAAUGACCAUUCCAGUGCACAGCAGAAUGUAAGGCGCCUACUGCAGAGCCCUCGUUUGAAUGAACUUGACGCUGUCCGUCUGGUAAUGCUGUAUGCGCUUCGCUAUGAGAAACACAGCAGCAGCGUCCUGCCCAGCUUUAUGGAGGAGCUCACUCGUAGGGGUGUGUCUGAGAGAUAUCGCAAUAUGGUAAAGGCUAUGGUGGAAUAUGGCGGUAAACGAAUCAGAGGAAGUGACCUCAUCACUCCUACAGAUGCAGUGUCCAUUAAACAGUUCUUCAAAGGGCUUAAGGGGGUUGAAAAUGUGUACACACAGCAUCAGCCACUACUACAUGACACACUGGAUCAGCUGAUCAAGGGUCGUCUGAAGGACAGCCAGUUCCCCUACCUCGGGCCUAGUUCUCUGAGAGACAGACCUCAAGACAUUAUUGUCUUCAUAAUUGGUGGGGCCACUUAUGAGGAGGCACUCGCUGUUUACAACCUGAACCGCACAAUGCCUGGGGUGCGCAUCGUCCUUGGGGGCACGGCAGUUCACAACACUAAGAGCUUCAUGGAGGAAGUGAUGCUCUCAGUAAGAUCAGGUGGUGACAGGACUCAAGGAUCUGGCAGACAAUCAAGUCGACGCUGAACUUGUAUUGUGAUCAUCAGCUGUAUUGUUGUUGUGUUGUUUGUCCUCUGACCCUAAACACAUUGUUUUCUUGUUUCCUCGCUCCUAACAUUCCUUUACAAUGUAUUAGUUUUUAGGCGAGAAAACACAUAAGCAGGGUGUUGCUCAUGACGUGUGUAACUAAAAGUUGUAUAUGUGCAUUACUUUUAUGAUUGUAUAAAUAAUGUUCACAAAAUUAUUAUAAUGACAGCUUUAAAUUUAUUGGUUUUGUGUUGCUGCAUUUGAUCAUUGUUUUGAAAGAUAACUAUGUUUCAGAAUAAUAAAAAUAAGUGUAUAUAGCCUAAAUAUAAAAGAAAAGCUGCUCUGUAAAUAUUAUUUGGGCAAGAAUAUUACUGUAAAAUGUUUCAUCAAAGGUUCCCAAAUAUUUAAAUCUGCUUGUUUCAAAACUGUUUCAAAAUCAAAUGACUAAAUGUGUUAAAAUCUAAUGCUUGUCCAUGUCUUUGUGUAGUUAUUACUAUUUGUUAGCCUGUCCAGCUAAAUGUGUUACUCGCUGAGUUGUAUGUUUGCUGUGUCCUUUCAAUUGUGUGUUGGAGUUAUUCUUUCAGUGAUUAAUACAUCCCUGAAUACACAUACAUUUUAAAAGUGUCAAUGAUAUUUUAACUCAAUCACCAAAGCUCCAAGCCCAUCACCUGGCUGAUGACUUUCAAUGAAAUUGUAUGAAGUAUACAGAGUUUAGCCCUGACCUCUCAGGUCAUUACCGUAACCUCUAGAGCUAAAACCCAAUGGAUUUGCUUGGGCUGUUGCUCUUUAACUCCACCUCCCCCCAUAAUCACAUCCAUUAAUCCCCACCCAUCAGACAGAGAACUAGCAAGCCUGAAAGACUUAAUAGCUUUACUGCAUCAAGCACACAAUUUACUGUAUAUAGGAUAGAAAGAUUUGUGCUUGUUUCCAAAGUAAAGGACCCAGGAAUUUUUUAGGCAAAUAAUGUUACAUAUGUUGUACUACAGAACAUACGGUAGAACCAGAAUCAUUUUUUUCCAGAUUGGGUGCACAAAAACACAAGGUGUCCUUGGUGUACACAUUUUCAAACGAAAAGAAACAUCUCUUGCUUUGAAUAAUGUAGUCAUGUCCUGGUAAAAAUAAAGUGCUGAAGUUAUGUUUUAGCUUUUGAAAUGUUUGUGCUAAAAGUCACCCGUGUAUUUGUCACAUAAUGAAAAUUAUUUGUGCAUCACCUUUUAAACUCAACAGUUUUUUAAUAAAUGUACAAAAUUAACAGCUUAUAAAAAGGGUAUUGUAACAUUGACUAUUAAACAAUCUAUUAACUAA